GUGACCGGAGGACGAGACCAUCUGCGCGUACAAAAUGCCUUUUCUUGCUCUCGAACUGAAGUGUCAAUUGAAAGGUAUCACUGAUCUUCGUCCGGAUGACACUGAUUCGUUUCAUUGGCACAUGAAACUUAAGUGUACUAAUUGUGGUGAAGCUCCAGAUCACUGGCAGUAUGUAGUGCUCAAUGAGAUGCUUGAUGUUCCAGGAAGUCGUGGUGAGGCAAAUCUUGUGGAAAAAUGCAAGCUGUGUGGAAGAGUCAACACUUUGACCAUUGUCGAGGAUAUGUUCAAAAGCUACAACAUCGAACAAAACGAGAAAUGGCAACAGAUUGCAGUGUUCGAUUGCCGUGGACUUGAACCGUUUGAUUUUGAUCCGAGAGACGAAUGGAUUGCCAAAAGCGUUGAAACUGGAAACGCAUUCCACGAGAUUGAUUUGAGUGAGAAGGAAUGGGUGGACUUUGAUGAUAAAGCAAUGGAAGCCGUUGAGAUUAGCGAGAUGUCCUCCCAAUUCACCACCAUUCGUGAUCCAAAGAAGAAGUGAAAAGUUUAAAGCAUUCCAUUAUUCCACGUGCCCUACUAUUAUUUUUAUCCAAUCUGAUGUACUGAUUUUGUAAAAAUGAUAAACUUUAUAUAUACGC